AUGCAAAGAAGUGCUGAAGUUCUUACAAUCCCCACAAUAACGCCACAAGAACUAGAAACCAAAAACGAUCCAAAAACUAAAAAAAUUUCAUGUGGAUCUACUCCAACUACUUGUAAAAAAGACCCAUAUAGGUCUUUUGAUGGCAUUUGCAAUAAUUUAAAAAAUCCUUCUUGGGGCGCGGUGAAAGAACCCUUUUCAGAAUUAGUAAAUAAUAGCUAUGCUGACGGGGUGCAUCAAUUUCCUGUAACGUCAGAGAAUGAACAAUUACCGAAUCCCCGUGCUAUUAGUCUACUUCUUUUUCCAUCCAAAAAUAUUAUCGAUUAUAAAUGGAACCUCAAUACAAUGCAAUGGGGUCAAAUAAUUGCCCACGACAUGUCUUUCGCCGGUAGAAUUACACUUAUCAAUAAUAAUCCUGUGACAUGCUGUGAUAGUGAAGGCCAACUGGCGUCCGAUUCCGAUAAAAACCCUUUCUGUGCGCCUAUACUCAUUCCUGAGAAUGAUGCUGUCAACAAAGAAGAUGGAAGGGAAUGUAUGAAAUUUGUGAGAACAGUUUCAACAAAAGAUAUUGACUGCACUUCAUCAAAAUCGCCCUCCUUCCCGAUAAAUGAAGUCACGUCCUACUUGGAUCUCUCUUUGACAUAUGGUGAGGACAAUAUGGCUAAGAAUAAACUUAUAUAUCCAAACGCAAAGGGUUAUGUUAAUGAUUACAAUCCAAAUGUAAAAGCAGGAGUGCUCAAAGAGUCUGCGUCAGCUGCCUUUAGAUAUUUCCAUACGUUGAUACGUGGUCAAUUAAGACUAUUCAAGGAAAGUCGAUUUCCGUACCAGUCUAUAAGAUUAAGUGACUGGUUGAACAAGCCAUCAAUACUUGAGAAAAAUGACGGCUAUGAUGGCUUAAUGAUAGGUUUAUCUUUUCAACCUCAAGAUAAAAGUGACCAAUACUUCGACCGUGAAAUUACUCAAUACUUAUUUAAGGGAAACAAAACCCUAGGUUUGGAUUUGCGAGCUAUUGAUAUUCAACGUGCUCGCGAUCAUGGUGUAGCCAACUAUAUUGAUCUUCGAUCUUAUUGUGGUCUUUCUAUCCCAAAGGACUUCGACGAUCUAUGUGACUACAUGUCAAUAAAGAACGUAAAUGCACUUAAAUCAAUAUAUAAAAGAGUAGAAGACAUUGAACUUACUGUAGGAGGAUCAUUGGAGAAACAUGUACAUGGGACUUUAGUGGGGCCCACUUUUCUUUGCAUCUUACUUAGACAGUUUUACAUCACGCGCGUUGGUGACCGAUACUUUUAUGAAAAUGGAGAGGACAAGGAAAUCGCUUUUACACUUGAUCAACUAGAAACUAUCCGUAAAGGUUCUUCUAUGGCGCGUUUAUUCUGUGAUAAUGGUAUUAACAUAAAGAAAAUGCAAGCGAAAGCCUUCGAAUUGGUAUCUCCAUGGAAUGCGAUAGUUCAAUGCGAUCAACUGCCAUUUGUUAAUUUAACUCUAUGGAAAGACACACAAUAA